AUGUCUGAACCAUGGUUUCUCCUAUACGUGUUUCUUUUCCUGGGCGCUUACGGCCAAGAUUUCAUUGAAUAUGUCAUAGAGGGAUCAAGUUUCUGGAAGUGGUGGUACAAUCAAAGGAUGUGGAUGAUUAGGAGCCUUUCGAGUUUCGCCUUUGCUACAGCGGAGUGCCUUCUUAAGUCGAUAGGCUUGUCGACUUACAGGUUCAUUGUGACUAGCAAAGUGGUCGAUGAUGAGCACUACAAACGAUAUUCUCAAGGGGUGUUGGAGUUUGGAGUCCCGUCACCGUUGUUCGUGCCGCCAACGACGGCGGCAAUAAUCAACUUGUUCUCUUUCAUCUGGGGAGCUGUUAUAAUCUUCAGUGGAGGCAGAGAUGUGGGGGAAAGCCUGGUUUUACAGAUGUUACUUGCAGGGUGCAUUGAGUUGAACUGCCUACCAAUUUAUGAAGCGAUUGCCUUGAGGAGUGACCAUGGAAAAAUGUCAGCCAAAACUACCAUCAUUGCAACAUUUGUGGCAGGGGCUCUUUAUGCUGCAACUUCUAUUAUUUCCAAGUGA